CAAUUCUGUUCAGUACCUCUACGCGUUGAGGAGAAUUAUUAAAAAAGCUUGGGACAUAAUCAGGUUUAACUGAUGCGCAUAGCAAUGCACAUAGAGAGCAAAUGGAUAUCUUUGUUUAAUUUUUGCCUGUACUCCAGCAUUAUGUCCGCUCAUUACCGCGGCUCCUUCAUAGCUUUGUGAAAUUAGUUUGUUAGGGAAAUU